CUUCCUUUCUCUCGCCUCCUUCGCCUUUCCCUUCAGCACCAGCAUUGGUAUCCAAUAAGCAGCAUUGGGAAUCAUGCCAAAGCAAAACAAGGUGCCUAACGAGAUCUUCUUUCAGAUCGGGCAGCUGUUAGAUCUACGAAACCUUGCUCAAUGUGCUCUAGUCUCUCGAGCAUGGAAUGCUGUAUUCAGCCCCAUGAUCUGGUCUAACAUCGCAUUGGGACCAAGCAGCCGUAUAAUUGAGAAUAUCACUCAAGAAAGGAUUGCAAACAAGGCUCAUCAUGUAAAGCACCUAAUCUUGGAAGGAGAUUCCUCCCCUCAACAGUUUGAAUUCAUCAUACAAUGUUUUCACCUUCAGACCAUUUCGUUCCACAGAACAACGCCUUAUUACUACGACAGCAACGACAAUGGCAAGAGAGAGACCCGACGACAAUGCUUCAAGCCCUGGAAAAUUAGUUGUCGACAGAUCUUUAAACAAAAUCGAAGAACUCUUCGUUCACUCAAACUCCAUGACUGUGUCUUGCCUACGGGAGAAUACUGUGGCCAACGCUCAACCUGGAGUCCAUUUCUCAGUCUUGUUCGUUUUUCUCGCUCAGUCUUGACAACGCUACGACUUGUUAACAGUAUUAUCCCACCAGGACCACAUCUUGAAGCCUUUUGGACAAUCUGUGAGCAGUUGGAAAUUCUUGAGCUUAGAGAAGUCCAUUUUGAGAUGACUUCAGUCCCCAAAGCAGAACGAGCUGCAAUGGCAUUAGCAGAAGGUUAUCAUAAUAACUUGGGCAGGCGCCAUCAGGUGGUCCGUAGACGAUUUCCAUGCCUUAAAGAGUUAACACUCUGGAGAUCCGGUCCUUACAAUCCUCUUGCGCAGCUCGAACAGAUCAUCCGAUGUGCACCACGAUUAAAGUCCUUGAUUUGGCGCUGUACACGACAAAGUUGGUUUCCCUAUUAUCGGUUCAUUUAUCUUAUCACUGGAGAUGUCGGAUACUAUCGGCAGCCUACACCAAAACAACGCUUACAUUGUAUUCCUCUAGAGCCUUGUGCGGGACCAUGUUGGCCUGACCUGGGGUCCUUGACGAUUACUGACUUGUGGUUUUCCUCUUACUUUAAACCAGUCGAUUGUGUGCCCAUCAUCCGGGCCAUGAAACGACUUCACAAACUGGAUGUGCCUCUCGAGCACAUGAGCUGUGACAUGUUUAUCCACAUGUUCACCCAACACUCCUUGACAAUAACCGACAUUGACUGGCGUAGAGCCGAUAUGGAUAUGAUUCCAGGAUGGUUCGACACAAUAAUGUCUUGUCCAAAUUUAAAACGAUUCGCUGUCAACAAUAUACAUGCUUACGAUUUGAUUCAGCCCCACAAGGAAUGGAAAUUUUUACAUCGACUAGAGGAAUUCAUGGCACCUAUCAGCAUUGAUCCCAGUGGUUAUAACCCUCCUCGAACUAGGCCAUUGACAGAGGCCGAAAUUGAUGAACAAUACUCUCUUAUAUUCUCGCUACUAGCCAAGAUGAGAGCUCUAAAAGUGCUGGAUGUGAGUCCAGGUAAUACUCAAAUAUAUUGCGCCCGAUGGCAUUUAUUGACUUUGCCGCUGAAGCUUGACAAAGGGCUGCGUCAACUCUCAGAACUGAAAAACUUGGAGUGCUUCCGGUUUAAAGGACCUCAAAAUAUGGGGCGAGAGGAAGUGUACUGGAUAAUCCAGAAUUGGAAGAUGUUACAAACCUUAGAGGGAGGUCUUUUGGCCCGUAAUCGAUCACGAUACAUUGAGAGGCCCAAUGUCUGGGAUUGCGCUUUGGCUCAGAUCUUGAAUCGCCACAGAAUAAGUACUCCCAAUAGUAUAUAUCACCCCAAUUAUAUUCGCAAAAACGGAGGAGUCGACUGGAGCGAACCUUGUGAUCAUGAUUAUUUCAAAGGUGACUCUAUGAUCGAGCCCGAUAUCAACACCUUGGACCUCGAUCUCUUCAACUGAAAGACAAGCAAAGACAUUUGUAUACACAAUAAUAACGACUUGC